AAAAGAAUCUCGCGCCGUAGUCUUUUCCAAGAAUCGCCGAUCUGUUCUUUUCACCGGAGUCCACCUCGAGAUACAGCCGAAAGCGAUCCUUUUGCACGCUUCGCAUUGACUCCAUCCUCUUACCACCACGAGAGAGAGAGAGAGAGAGAGCGCGAGCGGAGUCCGCGGAUCUUCCGAUUCAUUUCGUGUAUUUGGGUUUUAGUUUUCCUUCUUGGUGGAUUCUUAUCGCCGUUAAAACCCGCCUUUGUGUUUCGCUCCCGAUCCCAAUUGCAAGAAGAACAGGUUCCAUUGGGAGUGAGGAUUCCCGGUUUCCUAUUCGAUUCCAUCGGUGUGGGGAAUCUUGUGAUCUGUCUUACUGAUCUAGAUUUGGAGACCGGCGGCGACGAAGGAUCGCCCUCUCCUCGCCGCAAGAGGGUACGUCUCUCUCGUGAUUUGCAUCGAAUGAGGGAAUUCUCUGACGGUUUCUUGAUUGCUCUUUCCGAAGGAGAAUUUGAUGUGGAAUCGAUGACUUCUUCUUGAGAGUAGAUGGAGGCGUAGGCUCCUGGUGAUCUAUAAAGAUCUAUAUUUGCAUAAUUAACGCCACGACCAUCUCUUCAGAAGGGUAAGGUCAACCAGAGUCCCGCCUCUGCUGCCCGAAAAUGACUGGUCUUGAAGGGUUGCAUGCUUGGGAGGAGAGAAAAGGAAAGAGAUCAGAUGUGGAGAGUUCGGAAGAUGAAAGAAGAAGAUUGACCAUCGGGUCUCUAAAGAAAAAGGCAUUAAAUGCUUCUUCACGAUUCACCCACUCUCUCAGGAAACGAGGGAAGAGGAGAAGUGUCCAUAGGACUUCUUCAGUGUCAAUUGAGGAUGUCAGGGAUGUGGAAGAGGAACGGGCAGUCUAUGCAUUCCGUAAGGAGCUAAUUUUCAGGGACUUAUUGCCUGAUAAACACGAUGACUAUCAUAUGAUGCUCAGAUUUUUGAAAACGAGAAAAUUUGAGCAUGAGAAAGCAGUUCAAAUGUGGGCUGAUAUGCUUCAUUGGAGAAAAGAAUUUGGAACAGACACAAUUUUGGAGGAUUUUAACUUUGAGGAGCUGGAAGAAGUUUUACAGCAUUAUCCUCAGGGCUACCAUGGAGUUGAUAAAGAGGGAAGACCUGUUUACAUUGAGAGGCUUGGGAAAGUAGAGCCGAAUAAGCUUAUGCACAUCACUACAGUAGAACGGUACAUAAAAUUUCAUGUCCAGGAGUUUGAGAAAGCUCUACAUGAAAAGUUUCCGGCUUGUUCGAUUGCAGCAAAAAGGCACAUUGACUCAACCACGACUAUUUUGGAUGUGCAUGGGGUGGGUUUGAAGAAUUUCGGCAAAACAGCAAGAGACCUCUUGCUUAAAAUGCAAAAAAUUGAUGGAGAUUACUACCCUGAGACUCUACAUCAGAUGUUUAUUGUCAAUGCUGGUCAUGGCUUUAGGCUUCUCUGGAACACUGUAAAGGGUUUUCUUGACCCAAAAACAACAGCAAAGAUACAUGUAUUGGGAACAAAAUAUCAGAGUGCAUUACUUGAAAUCAUUGACUCAAGCCAACUUCCAGAUUUUUUGGGUGGUACAUGUACAUGCUCUGUUGAAGGCGGGUGUUUGAAGUCUAAUAAAGGACCAUGGAAUGAUCCUAACAUUAUGAAGCUUGAAUAUAAUGCUGAAGCAGAUUCACUAAGGCAUACUAGACGAAUGUCAGGUGGAGAUGAAGCUUUUGUAGGGUCAUAUUUUUUGAAGGGAAGAAGUAGCGAUACAUGGACACUUGAAUCUGGAUCAGAUGUUGAUGAUCUUGUUUUCAAACCUGUUGAGCAUAGCCGUUUAGCUCCAGUACGUGAAGAAAUCAGAGCAAGAGAUUCAACAGCUUACUAUAGUUGUGAUGAACACUUUGUUGUGGUCGACAAGGCUAUGGAUUGUGUUAGAAGAGGAGAACAAUCUUAUGAAAAGACAAAAGAUAUAAAAUACGAGGAACAGAGAUCGUAUGGCUUUUCAACAUCGAAUCAACAUGAUAGUUUGAGCAUGGCAAGUCACCCUGUCACCAAGGAGGAUACAGGAGAAGGGAUUUUUCAGUUGUUUUCAAGAGUAUUAAUAGCUUCCUUAGUCAAAAUUCUAUUAUUCUUUCACGUUGAUGGUUUUAGAAAGAGAAAAUUGAGCAACAUCCGUACUUCAGACGCUCAGAAUUUGGCUGUCCAGCACAGUUCAACAGUGAAAAACCUUGAAGAUCAUUUGGGUCCUUGUUUGGAGCGGAUUAAAAGGCUAGAAAUGAUGUUUGAUGAGCUCACCAAGAAGCCUGCUGAGAUUCCUUCGGAGAAAGAGCAUAUGCUACUUGAAUCUUGGGAUCGAAUAAAGCAUGUUGAGUUUGAUCUAGAAAAGACCAAAAGGGUAUUGCAUGCCACGGUCAUGAAGCAACUGGAAUUUGCCGAGUCGUUAGAUGCAUUGCAGGACUUGAAACUUGAGAAGAGAAUGUUUUGUUGAGCCUCGGUGCCGGAGACGACUGCGGCGAGGGGACUACAUGCCGAUGGCAUUGUUUUUUGGUGCACAACGUAAGCAAAAUUGUUCCCUGUUGCGGUAAGAAGUGGAACUUCCUCUGUGGGCAUAAGCAUAAACCAACUCCAAGUUUUGUCUCUGCAAUGCACGUAUAGGUACGCUCAUGCACUGGUGCCUUGUAUUCUGUACUCGUAUGCCUUGAGACUUCCUGUACACCUUAGUGAUACGUGUCAUGGAGCAAUUGUACUUCUUUCUAGCCUCA